GUGCUCACUGUUUCACUGCUGACACUGACAUUCCUGUUUUGCUGUCUCUGCUGUUCUCAGUGUGCCGACGGGAAGGUGGAUGCUCUGUCUGAAGCUCUCCAGACCACAGUGGCCAAGUGGAAGGGUCGCAUCCCCAUGCCGCUCCCCCUGGAGCCCUACACCUCCUCGAGCUUCAUCGGCCUCUUCGUGGAGGAGCAGGUGGCGGAGGUGCUGAAGAGUUUCGCUGCUGAUUUUGCCACAGAAGCAGCAGCUAAAGCAGAUGUUCAUGUGGAGCCCCACAAGAAACAGCUUCAUGUCACUUUGGCGUACCACUUCCAAGCCAGUCACCUUCCAACUUUGGAUAAGUUAGCCAAAAGCGUGGAUGUGUCUUUGGGCUGUGACUGGCUGGCUGUGCUCUUCUCGCGGGACAUUCGAUUUGCAAACCACGAGACACUGCAAGUCAUGUACCCAUACGUGCCACAGAAUGACGACGAGCUCGAGCUGGUGACGGGGGACUUCAUCUUCACGUCUCCAGUGGAGCAGAGCAGCGCCAGCGAGGGCUGGGUGUACGGCUCGUCGCUGGGCACGGGGCUGUCCGGCCUGCUGCCAGAGAACUACGUCAACCGUGCUGAUGAGUCUGACACCUGGGUUGUUCACGG